CGGCCCGAGCGGGCUGACUGCGCUGCCUUUGAGCGGUGCGUGCGGUGUGCGGCGAGAGCGGCUGGAAGGGAGGCAGGGCAGCGGCAGGAGGCAGGAGCUUUGGCGGCGAGCUGUGGCGGCAGAGAAUGGCGGUGAGGCGGCGGCAGAGGCUCGGGCCGGGCGGCGGGCGAGCGCUGCUGGGCGCGGUGCUGCUGUGCGUGUGGUGGCGGGCGGCGGCCGAGCGGCUCCGCUACGCCAUCCCCGAGGAGCUGGGCAGAGGCUCGCUCGUGGGGCCGCUGGCGCGGGACCUGGGGCUCAGCGCGGACGAGCUGCCGGCGCGCAAGCUGCAGGUGGCGUCUGCCGGCAAGAAGCAGCUGAAAUACUUCAGUGUGAAUGAGGAGAACGGGAACCUGUACGUGAACGAGAGGCUGGAUCGGGAGGAGAUGUGCGGUACAUCUGCGUCCUGCUCUGUCAGCUUCGAGGUGCUGGUGCAAAAUCCCGUGAACGUUUUCCACGUCGAGGUGGGGAUCGAGGACGUGAAUGACAACUCCCCAGUGUUCAGCAAGGCUGUUCUGGAGGUUGAGAUUGGAGAAUGGACGCUACCUGGUGCUCGAUUUCCGCUGGAGAUGGCCCGGGACGCGGAUGUAGGAAGAAAUUCGCUGCUGACUUACCAGCUCUCCAGAGACCCGUCCUUUUCACUGUCCAUGAAAGAAAAGCCGGGUGGAAAGAAGCAGCCGGAAUUGGUGCUAGAGAGAGCCUUGGAUCGGGAGAAGCAGAGCGCCUUUGAGUUACUGCUGUCUGCCGUGGACGGUGGGGAACCUGCGAUGUCCGGAACUGUCCAGGUUCUCAUUACCGUGACGGACGCAAAUGACAACUCACCAGUGUUCAGUAAAAGCGUCUACGAGGCGCGAGUGGCAGAGAAUCUGCCGGCGGGAUCGCUGGUGCUGCAGGUGCGGGCCACAGAUGCGGACGCGGGCACCAAUGGGCGAGUGUCUUACUCCUUCGGCAACGUCCCAGACGGAGUCCGCUUGUUGUUCACUGUCGACAGCGAAAGUGGAGAGGUCCGGACUGUGGGUCCACUCGAUUUUGAGAAGGAAAAUAACUACGGUUUUGGCUUAGAGGCUACCGACGGCGGCGGGCUCACCGAUCAUUGUGAAGUGCAAAUAGACAUCAUGGACGAGAACGACAACACGCCGGAAAUCACGAUUCUGACACUCACGAGCCCAGUGCCCGAGGACGCGCCCGUCGGCACCGUGGUGGCCGUGCUAAACGUUAACGACCCAGAUUCCGGGGAGAACGGUCAGGUGUCGUGCGAGCUGUCGGGCGAGGCGCCGCUGUCGAUCGUGGCAUCGUCAGGAGGCUCGUACAAGGUGGUGACGGCGGGAGCGCUGGACCGCGAGCAGGCGUCCGAGCAUCGCGUGUCGGUGGUGGCCCGGGACCGGGGCAGGCCGGCGCUGUGGAGCAGCACGGAGCUGGUGCUGGAGGUGUCGGACGUGAACGACAACGCGCCGGUGUUCGAGGAGGCGGCGUACAGCGCGUACGUGGCGGAGAACAACGCGGCGGGCGCGCUGGUGGUGCGCGUGCAGGCGCGGGACGCGGACGCGGGCGCCAACGGGCGCGUGAGCUACUGGCUGGCGGGCGGCAGCGCGGGCGCGGCGGGCGCGGCGCCGCUGGUGUCGGUGGAGGCGCGGAGCGGCGCGCUGUACGCGCAGCGCUCCUUGGACUACGAGCAGUGCCGCGAGUUCUGGGUGGCGGUGCGGGCGCAGGACGGCGGCGCGCCGGCGCGCAGCUCCACGGCCACGGUGCGCGUCUUCGUGCUGGACCGCAACGACAACGCGCCGCGGGUGCUGUGGCCGGCGGCGGCCCCCCCCCCCCCCCCCCCCCCCCCCCCCCCCCCGGGCGCGGGAGAGGCCGGGGCGGCGGCGGCGUUCGAGGUGGUGCCGCGCUCGGCCGAGGCCGGCUACCUGGUGGCCAAGGUGGUGGCGGUGGACGCGGACGCGGGGCGCAACGCGUGGCUGUCGUACGAGCUGGUGCAGGCGUCGGAGCCGGCGCUGUUCCGCGUGGGGCUGCACAGCGGCGAGGUGCGCACGGCGCGCGCCGUGUCCGAGCGGGACGCGGCCAAGCAGCGAGUGGUGGCCGUGGUGAAGGACCACGGGCAGCCGGCGCUGUCGGCCACGGCCACGCUGCACGUGGUGCUGGCCGAGAGCUUGCAGGAGGCGCUGCCGGAGCUGAGCGAGCGGCCGGCGGGCGCCGAGGCGGCGGCGGCGGCGGCCGAGCUGCAGUUCUACCUGGUGCUGGCGCUGGCGCUGCUGUCGGCGCUCUUGGUGCUGAGCGUGGCGCUGGCCGUGCUGGCGCGGCUGCGCCGGGCCGGGCCGCCCGCCGUGCUGCGCUGCCUGGGCGCGCAGCGCUUCUCGCUGGCCGGCGCCGCCUUCCCGGCCGACUUCUGCGAGGGCACCUUGCCCUACUCCUACAACCUGUGCGUGGCGGCGCCGGCCCGCGCCGUGCCCGAGGCCGCUUGGCCGCCGCCGCCGGUGCCCGUGCUGUCGGCGGAGGAGCUUCUGGGAGGCGAUUCUUGCGAGAAACCGAGCCUGGGUCGUAGCUCCGUGACUGGAGAGCCGUCCGCCGUCCCGGACGUAACUCAGGUUUGUGAAGCGAAUUCGUUCCUUCUGCUUAUUUAUGUAACGCUGGUGGCAGAGAGCUCUUGUGGCUUUUCUUCUCUGAGUCUAUGUUGGUUGGUUUUUUUUUCCAUGGAGUGAAGUAAUCACUUUUCUU